UUCCAUGGUUGGAACCAUACAGGGUUAGUACUUAGACUGAGGAACAACAUGCAAUAAUAAAUACUGCAAUUGAUUAUUAGUGGAAUUUGUAUUACACCUUGUAUUCUAGUGUUAACUAUAUUGACAACCAUAAACCCAUCACUAAACCCAAUGAUUACAGAUGAUUCCAUAUCAUGUAGGUACAUGUAAAAAACACAUACAUAAGAAUAACUGCGCUAGAUCGCAUAAUGGACCGGUGUCACAUUACCUGUUCAGGUAAAGCCCCGCCCCUAAUGACACUAUCGGCACAGCUAAAAGUGUCUGGAUUGCCGAGCAUAGGUCAAGGUCAGCUAAUACAAAGAGACAACGAUGGCCUCAUCCACAAACUUUUCCUUAGAAAAGAUGCUGGUGUUAAUUCUCCUCUCCGCCUGUGUGGGGAUCGUGCAGUCAUAUGGUAAUGGACUUGUCAGCCGUGUAUGUGACUCUAUGACACCCGGACACCUGCUCUACAGCGCACAGAACAUUUCUUCUCCAUUCAACGUUACUUCUGACAGGACUAGCUUUAAAGAGGGCGAUGAAAUCACAGUAACACUUAGUGCACAAUCAGGAGUGGAAUUUAAAGGGUUUAUGUUACAAGCACGUCGAGUUGGAUCGAGCACUCCGAUUGGCACUUUUACUGUGACAGCCAGUGGUUCGCAGGGCCUCACCUGCAAUGGAGUGGCUAAUAGUGCAGUUUCUCACACAUCAGACAGUGGAAAAACUUCAGUGCAAACUAAAUGGAAGGCCCCUACGUCUGGACAACUUAAUAAUAUAGAGUUCAGUGCAACAUUUGCCAAACAAUUUUCAACCUUUUGGGUUGGUGUCAAGAGCUCAGUGAUAACAUAUAAUGGUGUAGGGACUGCUACUGUGGCCCGAACUGUGUCAACAGUAAACUCUGAGUGUGGGAAAAGCAAAGUCUGUUACAGUCAGCCAAACAACUGUGACCCAUCUACCAACACAGGCUGUUACUUCAUGUCAGUUCAGACAUCAACUGAUCAAUCACAGAUGAAAAUUGAAAUAUUUGGCAAGGCUGAUGGAUAUGUCUCAGUCGGGUUUUCGGAUGACCAGGAAAUGGGCAAUGAUGACAUCUAUAUCUGUGGUAUAGACAUUAGCGGCAACCUCCAAUUGCAACAUGCCUUUUCCACUGGAAAACAGUCUCCAAAUAUUCUCUUGCUGGGGAAUGUGUCUGACAUAAAGACAGCGCUGACAAAUGGAGUUAUCAAUUGUUCCUUUACGACUCGUAAUCCCAUUAGCACAGGAAGUAGAGCAACAUCCACUAGCGAGUACUUCCUCAUGAUUGCGUCAGGACCCUCCAUUCAAGGUAACAUCCAGCCCCACACCAAUAAAUAUGUUGGUGCUAGCAAGGCUAAUUUGCUGAAUCCAAACAUGAUCACCAGUGAACCAUUCCCAGCGAUCCUUAAAGCCCAUGGUGCCCUGAUGUUAAUAUCCUGGAUGACUACUGGCAGUUUAGGGAUGAUCAUUGCCCGCUAUUUAAAGGGAGUUGCCAAAGGGAGAGGCUGCUGCGGUAAAGAUUUCUGGUUUUCGGCGCAUGUGACGCUGAUGGCCCUCUCAGUUAUUGCCACAGCUAUUGCAUUCAUACUGGUAUUUUCUCAUGCCCAGGAUUGGAACGGGGGGGCUCAUCCUGUACUGGGCUGUUUGGUGAUGAUUCUUAGUCUUAUUCAACCGAUUGUAGCUGUUUUCCGAUGUGAGCCACACCAUGAGCGGAGAUUUAUCUUCAACUGGGCUCAUUGCUUCAUUGCUUUAGCUAUCAAAGGCCUUGCAGUGGCAGCAAUUUUCAGUGGUCUGUCACUAAUUGAAGGAUCUGAGGAGGAUGAGUGGAUGUUGAAAGUUAUGGGUGGUUUUGUUGCCUGGGAGGCCCUGAUGUUUGCUCUACAAGAUCUGAACAUGCGCUCCAAGAAAAAAGAUGCUGAGAUUUGCUCUUUUGGUGGGAUGAGCACUGAAAUGGUCCUGCUUAUCCUGUUUCUAUUGGGAAACCUGGCCUUCUUGAUAGCACUCCUUGUUGGAAUAGGCAGAGCAGGUUAAGAAAGUCCAACAUGCCACAGACAGAUUUUGCAUAAGUAAAUAAAUAAAGCUAUUUGUUUAAUUUUUAUAAUCAACUCAGUACAUCUUAAUUUGUAUUUCCAUAAAAGCCCAGUAUAUCCUUAAAUCUCCUUCAUGAUGUUUGUUUCAGUUUUUUUGGUUGAUACUAAGUAGAGUUUCGCUAUCACCAUUGUGCCUUUGAGAAAAGAACUUAACUGUGUUUUGCUAGGAGAAAGUCCCUGCAAUGACUGUACUGUAAGUUACCCAAUGAGAUGGAAGAACAAUAGUGCAAAUUGUUGAAAACUGUCUGUUGAAAGGGUGGUCAGACUUUUUUCUCUCUCUAUCUCAAAAUGUUUGAAUUAAAUAUUGGUGUAUAUUUUAACUUUCAUAAAUGAAACUUCAAGGGAUAGUUCACCCAAAAAGAAAAAUUCUGCCAUCAUUUACUCACCUUUAUGUUGAUCCAAACUCAUAUAACUUUCUGUCUUCUGUGGAACACAACAGGAGAUUUAAGGUAGACUGUUAUGGACUGUCAGUAUUAGUCACCAUUUACCUUCAUUGCAUCUUUUUUUUCCAUACAGUGUAAGUAAAUGGUUACUGAGACUGAACAUUUUGCCUACAGAAGAAAUUAUAAGGUUUAGAACAACAUGAGGGUGAGUAAAUGAUGACAGAAUGUUCAUUUUGGAGUGAACUGUAUGCAGUGAACAGGUUUUGUAUUUUGAUCAGAACAAAAGCAACCAACCACUAGAUGGCAGUGUCAUAUGUAUUUUUUUUUUAUUUUUUUUUUUUUUUUUUUUGUUCUAAGCAACUAUGUAAAAUAUUUGUAUUGUAUAUUUCCAAACAAUUCAGCAGGUGAAUUAUUUAGCAUAAAUAUAUUUUAUCACUUUAUAUACUAAUAAAUGGAACCAUGUUAUUUAUUUCCUGGAUCCCUAAUUACUGAAAUUGUGGAAAUGCUGAGACAAGGGUAUGGAUGAUCAUCAUUAAACUGGAUGAUUUAGCUAGACAAACCAGAUUAAUCCAGGAUUUAUAUCAGAAAAGUGUUUUAUACAUUUUCACUGGCCUUAAGUUGUUUUUCAUACACACUAAACAACACUGUAAAAAGGUGCUAUAUGUCAACAUGAAAUGGCAUUCACAACCCAUUUUAUUUCUGUGACGUAGUGAAAUGAGAUAUUCAACAAGGAAAAAAAAAAUUAGGGCAGGAAUUCCUUUUAUCUACUGGGUAUUGACUGGAUUAUGAAAAGUGGUCUCUAGUAGAAAGGUUGUUGGAGGGAAGGGGUUGAAAAAUAAAAGGGUUUGGUGACAUCAGAUGAAAAGGAAAGUUGUUUCAGAGGCAGAUCAAGUUACAUUUUGAUGAAAGAUUACAAAGAUAACAAUUUUAUUUUCUUUGGAAAAAAUGUGCACUGAUGAGUCAUUAACAAGAAGACCAAAAACAUAAGAAAGUAAAUAGGGUCAAUUUUGAUUUCAUGUUAACUUGAAAUAAAUAUCAAAAUAACGGUAUCUUCUGCUUAUUUUAUACCUUGUCUUUACCUCCCUGCUUUAAUAAAACAUUAAAAUGUUAUAUUGGUUAAUGUUCAACAUUCUGCAUAGGAACACUCCUCACACAAACUUGUAAAAAGAAACAGGCCGCUGUGUUGCUCUGGUGUUGAUUUAGCAGCUUGUAUGAAGUCAGCUGGUAGGCUUUCAUCUUUUACAGUGUUGUACCGCUUAGUUCUUGCUGUUUCAGCACUGGCCUCCUGGUGUCCGGCUGGUAAACAUGGAGAAGGGAAGUUGUGGCACAGCAGAGAGGAAACAGAAAGAAAAGCGCAUGGCCCUUGCAGUUUAAUACUAGCACUUUGCUAACCAAUACACUGUUUCAGGGUCAGGGGCCAUCCUUUCAUCUCGCUUUAAAUCAGAAAAUAGUCUUAACAUCACAUUCGAUUUCAACACAACCAUAAAAUACCAGAAGACAAGCCACAAUCAUGUUGACCCUUUCAAGUCACAAGAUUCUACAGGUGAAUUAUUUUUCUUGCAGUGGUUUGCAGGAUUUUAAGAGAAGUUUAAAUUGAAUUAGUCCUUAGUUGAACCCUUUGCAGUAUAGUUUUGAACUUGACUUGAUGAUGCUCAAACUUGCCGUGUGAAUCAUUGGAGAUGGUCUGACUAAUGCUGAUUAGCAUGAAGGGCCAGUGAUCCAGAGAUGCACCCUUGCUGAACUGCUUUAGGGCCCCUGGACCUGAACAGAGGCAGGACUGGCUAUGCCUGCAGCAUGUUUCUGAAAUAUUCACUGUACCAAGUCCAGUUU